GAUUUCACCGAGCUAUUCUUCAACAUGUCUUUGGCUCGACCGCAACUAUUCUUCGCCUGCUUAGAAGACAGUAAGUUAGUCUUCUACUCGUCACCUCAACCUCAAAAUCCGAAUGAGAACUCGUCUCCUCUAGUCGCCAGUUAUCAUAUGAGUUUUCCUUAGGAUAUGUAUUAUAACUAUGAAAUUUGUAAUCAUGUCAAUGGCUUGAUCCUUCUAAAACUUUUGCGGAAGGAAAAGGGGGAAACUGUUCAGGUGAUAUGUAUUAUGUAACCCUAGCACGGGACAAUGCUUAAGCUUACCAAAAGUGGAAACGAGUAGUGUGUGGGUGAUGAGCUAUUUUGGGUAUGAUCCGGUUGAGAAACAAUACAAGGUAUUGUCAGUAACACGGUCUGAUGGUUUUGAUGAGUAUCAAGUUCUGACAUUAGGAAUUGGAGAACCUUCAUGGAGAAUGAUCAAAUCUUGCAGACCUCAUAUCCAUUAUUCUAAACAUGUAUGCAUUAAUGGUGUUUUGUAUUACAUAGCUUCAAUCACUGGGUUUUUAGAGGAUCUCAUGGUCGUUUGCUUUGAUGUUAAGUCUGAGAAGUUGAGAUUUAUUGAAGAAAGUAGUGCUUACUUACGCUUUGUUGGAGUGACUCAUACAAAUGAAAUUGUGUUGGCGUCGUCCUUUAUUGUGCCUUUCGACCUCUUCUACUACAAUAUGGAGAAAAAGACAAUCAUAAGACUUCAAAUCCAAGGAAUGGAAGAUUUUCCUCAUAAACUAGUUGAUAUAUCUUUCUAAACCAUAUAGAGGACGUGAAACUUUUGCAAGUGAUUUAAUUAUGACUUGAGU